GCGCGGGGGGCGUGGCUCCUUAGGGGCGGGGCGAGGCAAAGAUUGCUUUAUGGGGCGGGGAAACGAGACUCGGCUGCGAGUUGGGAGAGGGUUUCUCUUUGGAGGCGUGGUUUGUGAAGCUCCACUUUCCCGCCGACGGUUGACCACGUCACGUGACAUGGGUUGGAAGAUGGCGUCUCCCACAGAUGGGACAGAUCUGGAAGCAUCUUUGUUAAGUUUUGAAAAACUUGACCGUGCCUCACCUGAUCUUUGGCCAGAACAAUUACCAGGUGUUGCUGAAUUUGCAGCUUCCUUCAAAAGUCCUAUUACUAGCUCUCCACCCAAAUGGAUGGCUGAAAUAGAACGUGAUGACAUCGACAUGUUGAAAGAACUGGGGAGCCUCACCACGGCUAAUUUGAUGGAGAAGGUACGAGGCUUACAGAACCUGGCCUAUCAGCUGGGGCUGGAUGAGUCCAGAGAGAUGACACGAGGGAAGUUCCUCAACAUUCUAGAGAAGCCUAAGAAGUAGCAGCUGCCAUGGACAGGAUGUCCUAAGAAUUGUAAGCAAGCUCCCUUCCCAGUGCAGCUCUGACGCACACCUCACUGCUUCCUUGGGAGGGGCUGGAGGGUGUACCUCCAGGACUGCCCCUCUCCCCCGUUCCUGGUACUCCGCGCCUUUGAGGACAUUCGGCAGCAAGAAUCUGCUCUACCCAAGGAUCAUUGUGGUUAUUCAGUCAGCUUCCAGAUUUGACUUUCUUAAUCUCGGAUAUUGGUAACACCAGAGGGCAUAUCAUUCUUAAAGAUUAAAGUCCAGCUUGCUCAUUUCCGGAAGUUGUUCAGGAGCCCCAGGAUUUUACGAUUGAUUUGAUUCAGUGAUAGCAAAGUCAGUUGUGACACGUUGAUUGGAUGGGUUCUUUUGAGUUGUAUUGAUCUCUUAGGAUGUAUUUAUGAUGCGAAGAGAGCAGAGACCAACCUGAAUCAGCCAGACCAUGUAUCCUGACCUGUGGACUCUCCAGUGAAUACUAGGUUCCAAGCAUCCUCAGCUGGAGAAACCGGAUUCUUCUUGAAAUGUUCACCUGCUUUUUAAAUUCUAUACCUCUCAUGAUAGUCCCAUCCCCCAAUGCCUUCCAUUCUCCUCCUAGCCCCACCUUGCAGUUCUGACUCCAGGCAAGGGGAUCCCUGAGUAGUGAGUCCCCUCCUAGAAGUGGCUUGUAUAGUGAAAAGCCUAUGUAAGGUUGUGUCGGGUUUUAGACCUCAAGACUAAUAUGAAGGUCACAGAAAGGGCUUUUGAUUUCUAGUUAAUCUGUUAUAGAUUCAACGGAGAAAGUCAAUAUGGCCUUAAAGAUAAGAGAAGGGAUGGUUUAUGGGAAUUUAGUUGAAAACUAGAAGCCCAAUUGCCCUUAAAGGAAUGUUCUGUGGGAUGGUGGCAAUGUUUUGUCCCCCUUGUUCCAUCUCACAACACAUAUCAGAUACUUCACCUAUAUGACAGAAACACACACACACGCACACACACAAAAGAGAAUUUCCUGACUUAAAUGCAGCUCUUAGGGAGUUUUUCACCAGUUAUAUGUCUAUGUAUUAAAACCUGAAAAUCCAACCCAUGGAUAAAAUCGAUUACACAUGUUCUCCAUAUUAUAAGCCAGCCCCUGGCAUCUGCUGUUUGAGAAGUAAAUAGAAUUUCCUCAACUUUACAAAAAGAACAUCCCUGCGACAACAGUUUGAUGGUGUUUGGACACAAGAAAAGUUGUAGUCAAGUUUUUGGUCUUGAGUAUCUGUGCAAGGGUAGAACACUUUUCAGUUUAACAGCUGGUCCAUUAACCAUCUUUUGACAUUUGUGCCUUGUUUCUCAUGCUAGAAGUAAUGUUGGAUUUUUCUCUCAUUUUUGCCAUUUGACCAUCCAUACAAUUUUACUUAUUGAAAGGGAAAAAAUUGAACACAAGACACAAAAGAUGAUUAUGAGAAGUAAAGCAUAGGUUGUAGAGGAUUUGAUUUUAAGUUAACCUUAUUAUUGACAUUUAUCUCACUAAAUGCGGUUCAAGUGUGUGUGUGGCCAAAAAAUAGUGCCAUAAUAUCUAAUUCUUCUCUGCUCUGUUUUGAGAGUUGAUGAUGUCGGGCACUUUCAUGUGGAUAAAUUGAGAAAUAUUUGGAGAAUAUUGAGAUACCUCCCCCAGACCAACUCAAGACUGUAACUGGUAGUUGGUUUUCUGGUCUGCUUUGACCUCUUUCUUUUACUGUCAUCUUAUUCACCAGCACUUAAUGUAAGUAGAUGUUUUAGAAUUCUGAUAUUUAUUGGGUUUGUAUUUGUCAUCCUUAGAAAUGUUAAUGAUGUAUUUUUAUAUGGAUAAUAUAAAUUUAUGUGCAAUGUCUGUGUGUAUGUAUUUCAGGAUGUUAGAGGAUUGUACUUUGUAUAUGUUGGUUUCUGUGUCUUCGUAAUAAAUAUGUCCCUUCUGUAGGAGGGUGAGUUUUUC